AUGAGCUGCAAUCACACGUGUUACUGUCCUGAACCGGUGCCAGCCCAAAAGCGGUCCAUCCUGGCGGUCCUGCCACAGUCCCUCCAAACUUCUCCGUCUCUCCAUCCGCUCAUUAGAGUGUGUUUGGAACAAAGAGCCAUCUGGGCACUACUACCUGCCUGCUCCGGCGGUUUACCCACAGAGACUGCAACAUCUGUCCGCAGGAUCAAAGACACUUGUGUUUUCUCCUCAUCCCCAUCUCUCUCCUGCAUCUUCUUCACCGACUUCUCUCAGCUUGGCUUCUGUCGCCCCGAAAUCCAGCAGGAGCCUGGCAACUGGAGCGUAAACAUGGCGGCUGUCCACAGGUUGUCCGCGGCUGAGCUCACCUGCCACUAUAUUUACUCUGACAGGCGAGAUAGCAGGCUUGUUGUGGGGCAUGGCAUCCAACAGAGAGUGGCGAUGCUUAGCCCAGCUCUGAGGUGGCAAGUUCGAUCAGCUGACGAUGCCAAAGGUCGGCGGGGGGAAGCUUGUCCGUCAGCAAAGGAAGAGAAGAAGAGAGGAAGAGGAUCUCCCGAAGGCCCCCGGCGAUACCGCGGCCUCAGCGUUAUUUGUGACCAGCAGGCAAAGAUUCUGCAGCUCAAAUCCCAGUCGUCCAUAGCAGUGGUUGUGAUGAGUGAGGAGCAGAGCCUGUCACUUGACGCUGUUUCACUUCCUGCAGCACAAAGCAGAGAGCCGGACAACGUGCUUGAGCAGUUUUCCCAAUCACUAGGAUCACCUGUGACAAACCGCACCGGGCCCCGAUCGAUCCGGCACCGUCCCCGGGGCCAAAAGAAUUAA